UUAGUAUGUUCCUCUUCCUCAAACAAAUAUAACCUUUCAUAUGAAUUAUUUUCUAUUUGCAAACGAACAGAAAUGAACAAAUCAUGAGGUAUUUCGAAGUAGCCUCAAGGCUUAUAGUGCAAGAGCCUAAUAAAUCAUUUCAAGGCUAUGGCUUGGGACAGAGGCAUAUACAAAUACUAUUGCAAUUUUCGAUGGCAGCAAUAUACGUCGCAAUGAAUAUGGCUCUGCCAAUUGCAAUAAUACCUAUGACACAUCCAAAGAGUUCAGAAGAUAUUGGAGUCACGUCAUUCCCGAAUUGGACAGACCAAAGUUUGAUCCUUGUGGCAACCCAAACUGGCUACGCAGUUACCCAGCUUUUCGGGAGUUGUAUAUCAGAAUAUUAUGGUUACACCUUUGUGAUGCCAUUUUCGAUGUUCCUUUGUUCGAUAUUCUGCUUUCUCACACCUUUGCUAACUGAAAAUUUCGGAUCUCAGGGAUUGAUAUUAUGCCUGAUGAUCCAAGGAGCUGGUCAAGGUUUUUCUCUUCCUGUCAUACCAGAUUAUUUGAAUAGAUGGGUGCCUAUCUCAGAAAUUAAUUCAAUAGGGUCCUUCAUGUUUGCUGCGAAUGUACUGUCAGCAGCACUCUCCACCAAAAUAACAGCUUUUAUAUCAACAUCAUUUUUGGGAUGGACCUUCUCCUAUUAUAUAUUUGGGAUCAUGGGCUUCGUUUGGUCGUAUAUGAUGAUGAACUUUGGAAAAAAUGCACCAGAGAGCAGCAAUACAAUUUCUACAGAAGAAAGAGAUUUUAUACUGGCGGAAAAAACAACAAACAAAAAGAUGUGUUCCUGUUCGAGAGAAGAGGUCGCUUGGAAGAAGCUUCUCAAUUGUCCUGCUCUGCUUGCUAUUUGGGCUGCACAUGCUGGAACAUUUUGGGCGCUAUGGUUGAUGACUGCAGAAAUUCCUAGUUAUCUAUUCAAUGUUUUGAACUUUGACGUAGAUCAGGAUGGAGACAUAGUAGGAGAUGCAUACUUCAUGUCAUGGCUCUUCAGUUUUGUCAUGAGUGGUGUUACAAGCUAUCUCAUUGGUAGUAAAAUACUUUCUUCGAAUUUCACCAGAAAAGUAGCACAAAGCAUUGCUUCAUAUUUGGCUGCAGCCUGUCUCAUAACUCUCGGUUUUCUAUCAGAUCGCCGCUGGGUGGUUUUCUUCAUAAAUGUCACCUUUUCCGCACUUACCGCAAGUUUCUGGGGUUUCAUGCUGAACUAUAACGAUAUUGUGCGAGAGAGAAGUAUGAUAACACACAUAGGUGGUUUCAUUGGCACUGUGACAACUCUAGUUCCAGCUCUUUUGAAGCAAUUCAUAGUGACAGAUCAGAAAAAUGGUUUUCAAUGGUCUAUUAUGUUCUGGUUGACUGCGGGUGUUGUGGUUUUGUCAAAUACAGCAUUCUUUUUUUAUUCUUCGGGUGAACUUCAGAAAUGGGAGUCAAAUGGUGAUGUGGAAGAACAAGGUGAAUGCUCAACUCACGGUGGGGAAGCCAAAUAUUUGAUGCAGGCACCAACAGAAACUAUAAAAACUUAUGGAAACACUAGUUCCCAAGUUGAAGAACCCACAAAGACUGAAACGCAUGAUAAAGUUCCUGAAGAGAAGGUACAUACAGAAAAAGUCGGAACAGAAAGCGAAACAGAAUAAUUCAGGAAUAUCUAUGAAGCAUGACGUGUCAAUGACUAAGGUGUAAGAUAGUGUUAUCAAAUAUCGUCAUGUAUUCAACGACUAACUUAAACGAAUAUACUUAUAUUCUGAAG